UAUGUCACAAAGGGCCCUGGCCCCAGCUUGGAAGGGGCCACCUUUGCCUGGCCCAGAGCGGCACUGUCCCUACCCCCAAGCCCCUCUCAGUAGAGGCUCCACCUGUCCCUGAGAACGGGGAGGAUGGAAAGCUAAACUCUCACUACCCAGAGCCAGCAGAUUCCAGCAAGUCCCCCACCCAAGGGAGGACCCCAGCCACUUGCCUUAGCCCUCCUCAGUCCUCAAUCCCAUCUAGUCCCCUACUGCCCUUACCAUGGCCAACUACUAUGAAGUGCUGGGUGUGCAAUCAAGUGCCUCCCCUGAAGACAUCAAAAAGGCCUAUCGAAAACUGGCUUUGCGUUGGCACCCCGACAAGAACCCCGACAACAAAGAAGAGGCUGAAAAGAAGUUUAAGCAGGUUUCCGAAGCCUAUGAAGUUUUGUCAGACUCUAAGAAGCGUUCUGUGUAUGACAGGGCAGGCUGUGAAGGCUGGAGAGCAGGUGGCGGUGCCAGUGUCCCCCACAGUGGUCCCUUCGGGGCUGGCUAUCCCUUCCGAAAUCCAGAGGAUAUCUUCCGUGAGUUCUUUGGGGGACUGGACCCUUUUUCCUUCGAAUUCUGGGACACCCCGUUCAGCAACCGAGGCCGGUCCCAUGGUUUACGUGGAGCCUUCUCUUCAGGCUUCGGAAGACAGUUAUCCCAAGAUCGUCAGGGCCAGCCAAGUGCCACAAGUGUGAUCGCAGAAGUUGUUGACCCUGAGCUCCUGGCUACAGCUCCUUGGAAUACACCUCAGAGGUUCUCAGCCAGCCGGCAGCUGGAGACCGCUAACCACGUUACUGAAGGAAGACGUGAGGCCCCGAAGGCUGGGGUGCCUGCUGCGAUACCACAGUCUAGAGGGAUGCAUCCAGAGAAUAAAACCAGGAUCUUAAACUGGUUCUCUCACCCCAGAUCUUUGCAUCACACUGUCCUCGCUGCUGGGCCACACUUCCUGGGAGCCAUGGGCAGCAUCCACUCUGGUUUUUCUGUGGGAAUCGCAUCUAAAGGUGCUCACGUGUGGGAAGCAAGACCCGCUAAUCUCUUUCUAGCUCACUAAAUUCCUCCUGGAAAGUCCACUCUCUAUCCUCUCCUGGGUGGUUUCAACAAGCCUUUCUGUGUAGGACAUUCUGCCCAGGACAAAUGUUUCCUAGACCCAGAACUGGUUGCGAGUGCCCCAUCCCCUGUCUUACCUCUCUGAAAGGGCUUCACAUGGAGACUAGCCAACCACAGAUCAUGCUCACCCUGCCCUCUGGUACAUGAGGGACUGGGCACAAUAUAUAUCUGUACCCCCA